AUGCAUCUCUGCACCCUUACCAACAUCCUCGGCGAAGUCCUUCCGCUCGCAUAUCAUCUGGACGUAGACCAGAAACAGAUCUGGAAACAGAUCCGUCGACUGGAACUCGAGCUUUGCGAGUGGGAGGAUAGUUUGCCCAGCUAUCUUCAACCUAAAAGCGACGAUCAUUCAAGAGCGUCGGGUUCGAGUAGUCUACGGCUAGGGUAUCUUUCCGUUCGACUUUUGUUGAAUCGCAUCGCUUUACAUGCAGCAACGCUUUCUUCCGAUAUCGACCGCUCAGAAAGCACACGCUACCACCUGUCCCAGCUGCGUCGGUCAGCGCACGACAUCGUCAAAUACGUGUGCUCGUUGACGAAAGCCCAACUACAAGAAUUCUGGCUGCCCUACACCGCUCACCAUCUCAUCUUAACCGUCAUCAUCCUCCUGCGCUGCACCGUCGAAUCCACCGACAAAGCCAUCAUCAACUCCUGUAAAACCAACCUUUCCCGCCUCUGGACGAAACUCCACGAGGCCGCCGAACGUGACGGCUGGGAUCUCGCCAGCAUCUGCAUCAGCCAGUGCGGGGAGUCGGUCUCCAAGAUCCUGAAUAAUGCGUCUGAGGUGCGUGGCGUUCCGAAAGAACAGCCUGACGAGCCGCAUGCUUUGGAAGAUGUUGAGGGUCCGGCGCCCGUGGAUCUGUCGGGGUUGGGGAUGAGUGGGAGUGGGCUUCCUGCGGAUCUACUGCCGGAUAUUCUGCCCUUCUCGAAUCCGGAUCUCUCGUUUGAUAAUCAGUGGGAUGUGGGCUCGUGGUAUGGACUUGGGUGGAUGGAUAUUGAUAAUAUCUCGUACGAGGGGGUGAAUCAGGGAUUAUUCACGUAA